AUGCCCGAAUCACCCUUUGAUCCCGAGUUUGACGCUCUUGUCACCAAGCUGCUCGAUGAAUGGAAGGUCCCGGGCUUAUCAAUUGCUGUGGUUCACGGAGAUGAAACGUAUUCAAAGGUGGCCUACGGAAUUUCCGAAUUGCCAGACAAAAGGAUGGCUACCGACACUCUAUUUCCAACCUGCAGCACGACUAAAGCGUUUACCGCUUUGGCCACUUCAUUGGCCAUUCAAGACAGCAAAGAUACGGAUAAACCAAUUGACUGGGACACUCCAAUAUCUGCCAUAAUUCCAGAAGACUUUGUCCUUGCGGAUGAUUAUGCGACGCAGCAUACGACACUAGAAGAUGCCCUCUCGCAUCGUUCUGGUCUCCCAGAUCACGGAUGGAUGUUCACGUUCACACCGAAUGACAUGGAUUCAAAAACCCUCGUUCGGUCUCUCAGACACCUACCUUUGACCGACCCGCCCAGAACCACUUACCAGUAUUCUAACCAAAUGUACGCAUCAGUGUCCUAUGCCCUGGAGCACUUGACAGGUGAGCCAUUAGGAUCAUUCAUGAAAAAACGCAUAUGGGAUCCUCUAGGCAUGAGUGAUACAUACUUUUCCACUCAAGAGGUCAAGGACAACCCUUCGACGGCGAGAAGGCUCGUCCAUGGAUAUACUUGGCUGGCCGAUGGAGAAGGUGGCUACUACUAUCAUCUCCAAAAGGCACUGAGCUGGAUGCCCAAUAAAGGAGCAGGGGCCAUGGUCAGCACGGUUCUCGACUACACUCAUUGGUUGCGUGCAUUGAUAGAAAAGAGUGGACCACUAAAGGGUCAGGACUCUUUGAUCAAACCCAGAAUUAUUCAUUUCGCAACAGGCGACGUCAAUCCGCCUUCCCCAUACCACGGCUAUGCCCUAGGAUGGUACGUCGACAACUACCGCGGUGAGAACUUUUAUUGGCAUACCGGUGGAUGGCCGGGGUUCAGUACCUAUGUCGGCUUUCUCCCAGAGAGGAAGUUUGGCCUCGUUAUUAUGGGCAACUCGGACCCUGCAAGAUUUGCUUGCUUUGAACUAGCUGUUUAUUUGAUGGAUAGGCUCCUAGGCCCAGCAAGCCUGCAUCAUACAGAGCAGAUGUCUGUCUGUCUGGCAAGGCAACGUGAAGUGGUGAACGAGAUAUUUCAGCCAAAAAAAUUGGAAAAUAGCAAGCAAGUGGUUUUUCCUAGUUUGCCCAAUCCUCCGAUUCCGCAUUCGCUGCCAUUGGAGAAGUACGCAGGGACAUACAGGCAUCUGGCAAAUGCCUGGAUCACGCUUGAGUGCAAGGAUGGCCAAUUGACUGCUGAAGCGUCUCAUGGAACGCUGCCGUGUCAGCUAAGCUUUACACCUGCAAGCGGCGAGUUCUUCAUAGGACAUUCUAAAGUGCUGAAUCUUGUUUCGUUACAGCCGUUCGCUGUGGAGUUUUACAUUGAAUCUACGGGAGUGGUCGCGAAAAUCGGGAUGCUUCUCGAACCAGCUAUGAAAGGAGAAAAGAUCUGGUUUGAGCGAAGCCCUUCGUGA